AUGUGUAGAAGUGCAACCCUCAGCUUUUUCACCCGGAAACUGAUGCGACAACGGUUCAACAGCAAUAUACAAGACAUCCUGGUUGAGAGAGGCUUCCGCCGAGAUGUUGGGAUCGGCAAACAUAUCCCCAACGCUCGGCAGCAACUUGACCAACUUGCUCAGCUCAACCCCGAGAAAAUACUCAUUGAAUACGACCAAUGUUCGGCCUGGCAUCCAAAAACACCACCAAUUAUAAACCUGGGCCUGACAAAGGAGGCCGCCAUAAAGGCCACAACCAGCUUAGUCGAUGCACUUCUUCACACUCCUGAUACUGUUGUCAUAUAUACUGACGGCUCAUACGACUCGGCUAAAGGUGGAGCGGGUGCAGCUAUCAGCCCCGACCUCAACUUGGCCUUAUCUAUGGCCUUAGGGGUAUGCCCCUUCUUCUCAAACCAUGAGUGUGAGGCCGUCGGUGUGCUUCUGGCACUCAAACUCAUAGAGCAGGCACUACGGACGCGGCGGUUAACCAACGCUUACAUUCUCACGGACAACAUUGGGGUUUUACUACGAGUGGGGAACUGCGGUGCGGCAAAACCGGGGCAGUACCUCUUCUUUGAAAUCUCCGAGGUAUCGGCAGACCAAAUUCCACCAGAGUGCAAGAAGCACCAAGCGGAUAACCAUCCUCUUCUAUCUCCACUCGGUCGCGAGGAUUUUGAGGAGCACGAAGAAGCUACCAGCAAGCUGAACAAGCACCCCGAUUAUCCACACCACUUCAACUGUGCAGUGGUCACCCAUCAGCAUCCGAGCUACUCGGCUAGAAGAGAGAUUUCUUUCCCGCAUCCUAGAAACUUCAUAGUAUCUCCUCCCACGCGCGUGCCUAGUGCCCGGUUUCGUAUAGCCACUCAUCAACAUCAGCCGUUGGGUGUAGAAUUGGCUGGUCAAAGCCAUCAUCAAACGCACCGUAGUGGUUUUGAUCAGUAUAACCCCCACGCAAUGCAGCCUGAAACGGUCCCCAGCUCAUUAUAUUAUCAACCUGGCAGAGAUAAAACACUUGAUGAAUUGCCAAUUCCCAUUUACGAAUCUCACUUGGUACGCCAAGAGGAAGAAACAUCUUCAACUGGUAAUACAAUGACCAACUCCCCAAUUAAGCAUCAAACCGGCGCCCUCUGGAAGCAGCCUCAUCAGACAUACUCCUCCAAAAUACUUGAUUGGAAUCCACAUGAAAUCGAUGGAGCAGCUGCUUUUUCUGCGCUUUCCAUGACCCUUUGGUUUAUGCAAGAAGCACUGUGGGACUUUGGAAGGGAGGAUAUGGCAGACCUCACUCGGGAAAUACUUCGUCCCUCAGCUGCCACCAAGAAGCUCACCUCGUAUCAUUUAAUCUUGAUUCCAUUUAUCUACAAAUUGACGUUGAAACCACUCACUGAAGGUCAUUGGGAAUUGGUCAUUCAGGCUUGGAACAGAUUCUGGAGAGAGUUCAGAAGAACAGAAAGGGAUCCGGAUUUUCUCAAGAAGUUGUGCUGGUUCUCAGACCUUAUCUUGGAAGCAACGAUGCCCGAAUUGUAUCAUGCGGCAGCCAAACCCGGGACUCUCAAAAGGGCUAGAAAUCCACCAAGCUGGUAUCUAAGAGCCCCGGAAAGCAGAAUUAUCAGAUAUCUCUCAGAAGGCAAGAAGGUUUCCAGCGGCCAACUCACCCACUUCCACGCAUCAAUGGAUGCUCUGACCCGCCGGCUCCACAAUGAAUUUUCCAUGGAAAACAGUCUAGCGGAUUCUGGUGAUGCGCAGGUGUAUGUUGCAGUGGAGAAUAGACUGAGAGACCUGGCCGAGUCCAUCCUUUCACCAGUCUCAAAGACGUUGAGCAAUCUGCGAAUGGACGAAGCCAACAAGCUCCCGAGCUUCAUUUUGGCGUGCCAAAGAGCCCUCCUAUCACCGCAAGAAAAGGCGGAAACUCGUCCUGUUCCGCCCGUUUUUUCGCCCGAACUGGCGGGCAUUGUGGAGCAAAUUCGCCAGAAGCGGUUUCAGCAGGCCUCGGGCCCAGAAACCUCUGUGUUCAUGGCGAAUGGACCGGCCGAGGAGGAGGAGUUCCACUACCCCACCGGGCCGGGCGCCGACGCUGCCGAGCAGUCGUUGCUCCAGAACCCGUUCCUGGACGACCCGGGAUACAUCCGCCGAUACCGUGACCCGUCCCGGCACGACAGCUACGAGAUCCGCGACCACCACCAGCCCAUGGAGCAGUCCUGGCUGUCGUCCGACUCCCCCCUCCCGGCUCCCGAAAGCCUCCCGCCCGCCCGGCUGGCAAUCUGCUUCCCCGGGUCCAGCUCCCAAUACCUCGGCAUGGGCUCCUUCAUCGCCGCCCGGCCCGAGUUCGCCCGCGUCUGGACAGAGGCCGCCGCUCAUCUCGCUGCCUUCCCCGCCUGGAUGGCCUCCCUCAACCUCGUCGACCACUUCCUCCACCUCGGAUACUCCCCCCAACACGCCCUCCUCCUCGGCGCCCCGCCCGCUGAGCCUUGCGACCGCCCGCGAAGUCUCAGGGAUAUCGUCCUCCAGGGGCCCCAGAACGAGCUCAGCAGAUGCGCCAAUGCCCAGCCCGCCAUCCUGAUCACCAGCAUGGCGUAUCUGCGGACAUUGGAGGUGGACGGGAAGAUGCCGGUGAGGGGAAUGGCGACGGUGUAUGCGGGACACUCGUCGGGCGAGUACACGGCCUGUGUGGCCUCGAAGGCGCUGGACUUCAAGAGCGGGAUCCACUUGACGCGUCUCUACGGCCUGCUGAGCGAGCGCUCGAUGGCCCUGGCGGGGCUAUCGCCCUCGACAUCGCCCACGGAGGGCGGGAUCGGCGGGCCGAGGGAGGCGCAGGGCCCGGAGCGCCGGGAGACACACAAGGCGCAGAUGUCGGCGCUGCUGAUCAACGAGAAGUACCAGGCCUCGCUGGGCCAGAAGACGUACGACUAUCGCGAGCUCAUCGCGCUCCUCGACCGCUUCAACACCGCCCAGCAAGCCAAACACCCCGAGCCCGCCUCCCGCGUCCACAUCGCUAGCUUCAACUCGAGCAACCAGAUCGUCCUCUCCGGCGCCCGCCCCGCCGUCCUCGCCGCCUGUGCGUUCCUCAACGAGCUCGAGAUCGCCAACCGGGCCGCCGACCUGCCCUGCUCGUCCCCGUUUCACAGCGAGUUCAUGCGGCCUGCAGCCGACGGCAUGGCCCGCGCCCUCGCCGCCGUCCCCUUCGCCGUCCCCGACCGGCCCAUCCUCGUCACCCGCAACUGUCCGCCCUCAGACCCGACAGCCUCAUCCAGCGAGCCCAGUCCCCGGCGGCGGCGCCGGAAGACCGGCGCAUCCGACGAGGCCAUCGAGACCGUGUACAUCGACGCCAGCCGGGACCUCGAGACGCUCAAGGCGCAUCUCUCGGGCUCCAUUUGUCGGCCCGUGUGGUGGGCCGAGACCGUCAACGAACUGCUCCUCCACCAUUCCUCCAAUGAGCACGGCGUCCAGCUGCUCUUCGUCGGCCCCGGAAAGGCCCUCCACAAUCUCUGCAAGAAGCAGAUCGCAUUCAACAGCACUCAUCCUUCCCCCGCCCCGAUGACCCCCGAACCCAAACAUCCCCAGAUCGUCACCCGGAGCCUGGCGACUAUCGACGACUUCCAUGCCCUCCUCUCCGCUUGA